UUGCUCGGUACCCUGGUACAAGAUAAGGCUCCUGGCCACGCAGGCUCUGACUCCGAUAGUGGAGAAACUGCAUGGUUGGUGAGAACAAGAGUUUUGAAGGAAGCCACAAUGGCAGCCUUGAGGAACGGCUGUGAAGUUGCUCCGACUUCGGCGGGUGAGUGAAACAAGAUUUUCUAAGUUUCCGAAGACACCGAGGUGACAUCUUCUUUGGAUCUGAUUCGCACCGACAAUGAGAGGAGCAUUCCGCGUUUACAGAAUCUAAGGUCAGAAGAGUAAUAACGUGGUCCCAAAGCCGCAGAAAACAGCUGUUGCGCCUCGUCCCACAUAUAGACUGGGCGGCUCAGCUUGUUACAGCGCAAUGACAUUAAUGCUCCUUAGCAACUGAUGAGGACGUGCGACGUCGGGAUGACCAACCUGUAUUUGACAAGUGUGUUUUUCACCUCGUUGGAGACACAAGCAGGGAAAGGAGUCAGCCAGGGGGGAGACCACGGAGCCGGCGAGGGAAGGUGCGAAGCGAGCGCUCCGAGAGGGAAUCAAAGCGCAAGAGUGGGAAAGGCAUAAAGCCGCAGGGAGUCGGAAACUCUGCCAGACAGAAGGAGCGAAGAAAAAAACAAAACAAAAAGUCGACAGUAUCAAAGAACUGGCCAGACGCCCGUUUAAAGCAAGAGGAUUGAGGUUUGCCCACAAAGCCAGGAGGGAAAAGAAGAUCCCUUCCUUUAGGCAUCUGUCAAAGACAACCUGGACAAAAAGCGCACCGUCAUGGAUGGAGAUCACCCAAACGGCACUUUUGCCAACACCACGCGCAUCCACUCCGCUCCCCACAGCCUCUGGGAGGUCAUCACCAUAGCGACGGUCUCGGCCAUCGUCAGCGCCAUAACCGUCGUGGGCAACGUUUUGGUGAUGGUGUCCUUCAAAGUCAAUAGCCAGCUGAAGACGGUGAACAACUACUAUCUGCUGAGUCUGGCCUUCGCAGACCUCAUCAUCGGCGUGUUGUCCAUGAACCUGUACACCACCUACAUCCUGAUGGGCUACUGGUCCUUGGGAAGCUUUGCGUGCGAUCUCUGGCUGGCCGUGGAUUACGUAGCCAGCAACGCUUCCGUUAUGAACUUACUGGUGAUCAGCUUCGACAGAUACUUCUCCAUCACCAGGCCGCUGACGUACAGGGCGAAGAGGACCCCGAAGAGGGCGGCCGUCAUGAUCGGACUGGCGUGGUUGGUCUCCUUUGUCCUGUGGGCGCCGCCCAUCCUCUGCUGGAAGUACAUCGUCGGAGAGGAGAAGGAAUCGUCGGACGAAUGCCAGAUUCAGUUUCUAACGGAGCCCGUGAUCACAUUUGGGACGGCCAUCGCCGCUUUCUACAUCCCGGUGUCUGUCAUGACCAUCCUCUACUGCCGGAUAUACAAGGAAACCCAAAGGCGCACUAAGGAUCUUGCGGAGCUCCAAGGACUCCACACCGAUCACGUCCAGGAGGGGACUAAAGCGCGCAAAACCAUCAUUCCUUCUUGUUUCAACUUUGCCGGGGAGCGGAGGGACCGGAGUCAGGCCUCAUGGUCGUCGUCGAACCAAAGCAACGCCACGAAGACCACCACCAGGUCGGACGAAGCGUGGGUGAAAGCCGACCAGAUCACCUCCUUCAACAGCUACUCCUCGUCCGACGAGGAGGAGCACCACGCUUCCAUCGAGACGCCGCUGGGAUCCCUCCGGGAGAAAAGUGACAAGAACGGCCAAGCGGCCGACUACGCGGAGGAUCAGUAUUCGCCUUCGAGGAAGAGCAGCAAGAAGGGCUUUUCCUACAAGUUCACCACGCCGGCGCCGAAGGCUAAAAAAGGCAGCCCUCUUCCUCCUCAGGCGUCUCCUCGUGUUCCAGAAGCUGGCAAAAACGCCUCGCCUUCUUCCAAAGCCAUGGACCCGGUCCUGAAAAACCAGAUCACCAAGAGGAAGAGGAUGGUCCUGGUGAAGGAGAAGAAGGCGGCCCAGACCCUCAGUGCCAUCCUGCUGGCGUUCAUCCUGACGUGGACGCCGUACAACAUCAUGGUGCUGGUCUCCACCUUCUGCGCCAAGUGCGUCCCCACGUCGCUGUGGCACCUGGGCUACUGGCUGUGCUACGUCAACAGCACCGUCAACCCCAUGUGCUACGCCCUGUGCAACAAGACCUUCCAGAAGACCUUUCGCAUGCUGCUGCUGUGCCAGUGGAGGCGGCGGCGGGGCGAGGACAAGCUGUACUGGUGCGGCCAGAACCCCAACGUCAAAAUGACUUGAUGGGAGGCUGGAGCGUACCCCAGCCGGCACAUGGGACACCCUAGGCGGGUCGCCAGGGCAUUGAGCGAGGAUGGAUCCCGCACUGCUACGUGAACCACGACAAUGGCGCUUUUGUCGAUAUCGCUGAUGUUCGCGGUCAGCAUGACGUAUGUGACGCAUGUGACUUUUUUCUUUUCUUUAUAGUGACGUGAUCGUCUGAAACAGUUUGACUUUUGUUAGCCUGCAGCAUUUUGGCAGAAUAAAAUCAAACAAAAAAAAAAAACGGUGUAAAAGAGAAGAAACUUGACGUAAUGCGAAAAAACUGAAAUUUUGAUAACUAUAAAUGAUAUGCCGCCAAUACCACAAAGCGAAGUAAAAAUCUUUAAAAUUAUCUAUACAUUUUACAGUAAAAAAAAAAAAAGUCAACAGAAUUUGACUGUAAAAUUUCCGAAGUUUUAGGAUUGUUAUUUUUUUUUUCCACCAAGUACGGUAGGUUUGUAAAAAUGUUGGCAACUGAGCUGCGUUUUUUUGUUUUUUUACCGUAUGAUUUUCAGUUGUUUAUUUUCCAGUGUCUUACUGUAAAAGGGAAAACGUUAUUCUUUUCACGGUUAUUUAUCCAAAAAUGUACGGUUGUUUUUUACAGUGAACUACUGUAAAUGAGAAGAAAAUAAAUUCUAACAAAUGAGCUAACAAUUUUUUACUGUAAAAAUCUGUGGUGGUUUUUACAAUGCACUACAAUGGAAAAACAGUAUCAGUUUUAGGUUUUACAGUAAAAAAAAACUCAGUCAACUAAAUCUUACCGUGAAAUUUACAUUAUUUUUGUGUUUUUUUUACACAAAAGUACUGUAAAUAAAAAAAUCUGCACCACUUUUAUUUUUAUGGUAAAAUUCUCGCAACAAAGCUGCAUUUUUCUUUUUACCGUAUAAUUUGCAGUCUUUUUACAGUGUGUUACUGUAAAAGGAAAAACAUUAGCACUAUUCUAUUUUCGGUAAAACUCUAUGCUGCCAGUUUUUUACCGUAAAAAUUACGGUUGUUUUAUACAGUGAAUUAUACUAAAUGGAGGGAUAAAAAACGUUACCACUUUUACGGUAAAAUUCUAGCAACUAACAAUUUUUUACAGUAAAACAAACUGGCAGGUCACACGCCAGAUUUUUUACCAUAAAUAUAAAAGUGGUGCAGUCUUGAUUUACAGUACUUUAAAUUGAACAGUAACAUUGAGUUAAAAGGAGCCAUUUUUUUUUUUUACUGUAAAAUCUAAAACAGGUUUAUGGUUGUUUUAUUCAGUGCAUUACUGUAAAUUGGGAAAAAAAAAUGGUACCACUUACAGUAAAAUGAUAGCAACUGAGCUACCGAAUUUUUACUAUAAAUAACUGGGGUGGUAUUUACAAUGCAUUACUGUGAAAAAAUUAGCAGCAUAGUCAACUGAAUUUUACCGUUAAAUUUACGGUAUCUUUGUUGUUUUUUACACAAAAGUACUGUAAAUACAAGAACGGCACUACUUUUAUUUUUAUGGCAAAAUGCUGGCAACUAAGCUGUUUUUUUUUUAACCAUAUAAUUUGCAGUCAUUUUUAACGUGUCUUACAGUAAAAAAAAAAAAACAAAAAAAACAGUAGCACUAUUCUUUUUACAGUAAAAUCUGGCGACUGUGCAUCCAGUUUUUUUGCGUGAAAUUUAAAGUUAUUUUAUACAGUGAAUUACUGUGAAUGGAAAAAAACUAUACCAUUUUUGCAGUAAAAUUCUCGCAAAUGAGCUAUCAAUUUUUUAUUGUAAAAAUCUGAGGUUGUUUUUAAAAUAAAUUACUGGAAAAACAGUACCAGUUUUGUGUUUGAAAGUUUAAAAAAAAUACUAGCAGCUCAGUCAACAUAGUUUUACUACUAAAUCUACAAUAUUUUAUUCUACACAGAAUUACUAUGCAUUUAAAGUACUGCACCAAUUUUAUUAAGGUAAAAUUCUGGCAACUGAUCUGCUUUAUUUUUUUUUUAGUAAAACUUGCAGUUUUUACAGUGCAUUACUAUAAAAGGAAAAACAUUACAACUAUUAAUUUUGUCGACUGCUCUGCCAGUUCUUUACUGUCGAAUCUGCGGUCAUUGUUUUUACUCAAACUUUAUCACUAUUCUUUUCACGAUAAAACUCUGGCAACUGGGCUCCAAAUUUUUAUCGUAAACUUUUACGGUGCAUUAGUGUAAAUAAGGAAAAAAAACAAUACCACUUUUACGGUAGAAUUCAAGUGACAGAGCUGCCAUUUUUUUACCGUAAAAAAUCUGCGGUUGUUUUUAUAUUUGCAUUUCUGUAUAGGGGGAAACGUUACCACUUUGAUUUUUGCCGACUGAGCUGCCAGUCUUUCUACCGUCAAAUAUGCGGUCAUUUUUUUUUUUUACAGUGAAUUAUUGUAAAUGGAAAAAGAUUAGCACUAUUCUUGUACGGUAAAAUUCUGGUGAUCAAGCUGCCAGUUUUUAACGGUAAAAUUUACGGUCGUUUUUACAGUGCAUUACUGUAAAUGGCAAAACAGUACCAGUUUUAUUUAUGUAUUAUAUUAUUUUUUACAGUUAAAUUCUAGCAACUAAAAUGCAAGUUCUUUUUACUGUAAAAUUGUAUGGUAAUUGUUUUACAAUGCAUUACUGCAAAUCACAAACCUGCACCACUUUUUCAUUUUGGUAAAAUUCGGGCAACAAAGCUGCUGUUUCUUUCCUACCGUUUCCACAGUAAAAACUAGCACCUCGGUUUUAGUUUUUUUUUUUUUUUUUCAUUUUUUACAGUGCAUUUCUUUUACAGUAAAAUUUUAAAGACUGAACUGGCAAUUUAUUUUACGGCUGUUUUGACCGUGCAUGACUGUAAAUAUAAAAAGUGUACCAGUUUUAUUUUUUUACAGUAAAAUUCUGACAACUAAGCUGCAAGUUUAUUUACUGUAAAAUCUACAGUAAUUACUUUUACAGUGCAUGACUGUAAAUGUUAAAACGGUACCAAUUUUUUACAGUAAAAUUGUUGCCACUGAGCUGCCAGGUUUCCCCCCUGUAAAAUCUUCCGUUGUUUUUAGGGUGCAUUUAUUUCCAAGACAAACGUUUCAUGGCAGCAUUACAGAUGCCACCAUACCUGCUGUGUCCACCAAAACUACAAGAGACCACGACUAAAGGAAAUACAGUACUUUUUUUUGUUCGGUUGUAUUGUCAAUUUAAUGAAAAUAAAAGAUUAAAUGGGAUGUUUGAAUGUAUUUAAGUGGCAUCUCAAAUGCCAUUAAAAGUGAAUAAAUUCAUAUAUUUAUUUUGCCAUUUGACACAAAAAUAUAGAAAAUGUAAUUUACACAUGCACUGUAUAUAUAUAUAUAUAUAUAUAUAUAUAUAUAUAUAUAUAUAUAUAUAUAUACAUGACACAUUAAUAUUCAGGCUACGUGGGAUUCACUUAUUACUACCCAAGUGACAAUUUUUGUUUUCUAUCCAAGUGCUUGCAUUUGAUGUUUUGUUUUCAAGGGCUAAGCUGCUGCUCUGUAUUACAUUUACAGUGUUAAUAUGCCAUCCACUCAUAUUUGUAAAUAUUAGACAGUCAAAGUCAGUCUAUUCCACAAGUGUUUCAGCAUAAUGACACCUGACUAGAAUGAUGUCCCUGUGAUGGAUGUAAUAUUGAAAAGUUGCACUUUCAUGUCAUUGGAUGAUGUAAUGUCAAACUGUGCCUUUGUGUGAUUCAUCUGUGGUAAUGUUGCAGUUAUGUG